AUGCCUGCCGAGAGUAACGAGCCCGACACUCUCCUCCGCUACCAGGAGGAGGGAAAAUGUAUUUGGUAUGUUCACUACCUUGAGUUAUUUAUAAAAAUAAUAAAGAGGCCCGAGGAUGAGGCGGUUGUUGAUUUGGGAGGCACCAGCAAUGCUAUUAACAUUCAUUAUGAACCAGAGGAGUUGGAAGGGCACAGGACAUUAUACGUUGGGGUACGGAUGCCUUUGGUUAGACAAGGCCACAGACAUCACAGACCCCACGGCCCCAAACACAGAAAACGAGAUCAGAUAAAGGAAAGUAUAUUGGAGGAGCAUGAAACUUACGAUACCCCAUCUCAGCGAGUUCACUUUAUCCUUGGUAUGGAAGAGGAUGAGGAGCAUGUCCCCCAUGAUUUAUUCACAGAAAUGGAUGAAAUCUGCGUGAAAAACGGUGAAGAAUCAGAGUGGAAAGAAACAGCAAGAUGGCUGAAAUUUGAGGAAGAUGUGGAAGAUGGAGGAGAACGAUGGAGUAAGCCAUACGUGGCUACUCUGUCACUGCACAGUCUCUUUGAACUGAGGAGCUGUAUCAUCAAUGGGAGUAUCCUUCUGGAUAAAUCUGUAAACUGCACUGAAGACAUUGCAGAAAUGAUCCUGGAUAGCCAGGAUUCUCACGAUAUAUCCAUACGUAAAAAAUUCUGGGAAACCCUCUUGAAGAAACACCAUCAUCAGCAUGAAAAAAAAAGAAACAUCCUUCCAAUUGUCCGUUCUUUUGGAGAAAGUGGCCAGAAAAAGUCUGAUCCUCACUCAAUAGAUAAGACAGGAGUGACUUCACUGUCUCUUCAGCCUCCUUCUAACACACUAGAUGUUAGAAAUGGAUUGACUCCUGAUACUACCCCAACAGACGUGUGCAAAGCACACCUUCAUUUUAUGAAGAAGAUUCCUGUUGGAGCUGAGGCUGCAAAUGUUUUAAUUGGAGAAGCAGAUUUCCUGAAACAACCUAUUGUUGCCUUCUUACGUUUAUCACCAGCUGUUCUUCUUCCAGGCAUGACUGAGGUUCCGCUCCCUACCAGGUUCUUGUUUGUCUUGCUGGGUCCAGUAGGGAAAGGACAGCAGUAUCAUGAGAUUGGACGGUCAAUGGCUACCCUCAUGACUGAUGAGGUUUUCCAUGAUGUUGCUUACAAAGCCAAGGAUCGAAGUGACCUUUUAGCUGGCAUUGAUGAGUUUCUAGAUCAGGUGACAGUGCUGCCACCUGGGGAAUGGGAUCCAUCGAUCAGAAUUGAGCCACCUAAAAGCGUUCCUUCUCAGGAUAAGAGGAAGAUGGCAAAGUUAUAUAAUGGAAAGAUUUCUGAUGAUGAUAUGGAAGAUCACACGGGGCCAGAACUCCAAAGAACAGGAAAGCUCUUUGGUGGCUUGAUAUUGGAUAUAAAACGGAAAGCUCCUUGGUACUGGAGUGACUAUAAAGAUGCUUUGAAUUUGCAGUGUUUAGCUUCCUUUCUCUUCCUGUAUUGUGCCAGCAUGUCUCCUGUGAUCACCUUUGGGGGGCUGCUUGGAGAAGCAACAGAUGGACAAAUUAGUGCUAUAGAAUCCUUGCUUGGAGCUUCGAUCACUGGAGUGAUCUACUCUCUCUUUGCUGGCCAGCCUCUCACCAUCUUGGGAAGUACUGGACCAGUACUGGUUUUCGAGAAAAUUUUAUUCAAGUUCUGCAAAGACUAUAAGCUUUCUUAUCUUGCUCUGCGAACCUGCAUUGGCCUGUGGACAACAUUCAUGUGCCUCGUGCUCGUGGCCACUGAUGCUAGCUCUCUGGUCUGCUACAUCACUCGGUUUACAGAAGAAGCUUUUGCCUCUCUGAUCUGCCUCAUUUUCAUUUUUGAGGCCAUAGAGAAGCUGUUUAAGUUGGGAAGGACUUACCCAUUUUACAUGGAUAGCAAUCUGGACCAUCUGACUUUCUAUUACUGCAGAUGUGCAGCUCCUACACAUCCCAAUAAUGAUACCCUGACGUACUGGAGCAGUCAGAAUAUCAACCCUUCCAAAGUUGCCUGGGCUAAUCUCACUGUUUCUCAAUGUCAUCAGAUGCAUGGAGAAUUCAUAGGAUCUACAUGUGGAGCCACAGGACCUCUUACCCCUGAUGUUCUUUUGUGGUGCUGCAUUUUGUUCUUUACUACCUAUAUUUUGUCAAGUGCACUGAAGAAAUUUAAGAACACUAAGUAUUUCCCCAGAAAAGUACGCUCUGUGUUAAGUGAUUUUGCUAUUUUUAUAACUAUUGCUACCAUGGUCCUAAUUGACUACUGCAUUGGAAUCCCAUCACCAAAACUGAAUGUCCCAGGUGUCUUCAAGCCAACAAGAGAUGACCGUGGAUGGCUCAUUAGCCCAAUAGGCCCCAAUCCCUCAUGGACUGUGCUAGCAGCGAUCAUCCCAGCAUUACUCUGUACUAUACUGAUAUUUAUGGACCAACAAAUCACAGCAGUUAUUGUGAACAGGAAAGAACAUAAACUUAAGUUUAUACCGAUGCCUGUUCUCUAUGGAGUGUUUUUAUACAUGGGUGUUUCUUCUCUGAAUGGAAUACAGUUUUUUGAUCGCCUGAAGUUAAUGGGAAUGCCCACCAAGCAUCAGCCUGAUUUCAUUUACCUGCGACAUGUUCCUCUGAGGAAAGUGUAUCUCUUCACAGUGAUCCAGCUCACCUGUCUGAUCAUUCUGUGGGUUGUCAAGAUGUCUCCUGCAGCCAUUAUCUUUCCCAUGAUGGUUUUAGCACUGGUCUUUGUUCGGAAGGUCAUGUAUUUAUGCUUUUCAAAGAGGGAACUCAGCUGGCUUGAUGAUCCCAUGCCAGAAAGCAAGAAGAAAACAUUAGAUGAUGCUAUCCAAAAGGCAAAAGAAGAUGAAUCUCAGAAUAUGAUAGAAGAUGGUACCUCAGCUGUAGCUGAAAUGUCUCCAAUGACUUCAAAUUAUUUGACAGUUCCAGGAAGCUCAAAAAAUGUACCAAAAAUUGACAUUAGGCCCGAUCCUGCAGAUAUUAAUAUCUCAGAAGAAAUGCCGAAAACAGCUGUGUGGAAGACCCUCACCAUGAAUACAGAAAAACUCUGAAGUUAAAAGGAAUAGCUUGGCCAUUUGGGACUUGGCUUAGGACAAGGAGCUUGCAGCACAUGAAGAUGACUCAGGGAAGAGCCAAGGUGUG